CUAUGCUACUGCACUGUGGGCUGAAGUUCACGGGUCAACGAUGCAAUGCCAGAGAGCGGUUUUUCUUCGGUAGUCCCAGCACAGCUUUCGUUCCUUGCUAUUUACAAUCCCCUCCUCGGACCCACCGAUGAAACAAUUCACGAGCAGGUCGUCUUCUACACAUCCAGAGCGGGUCGCUCGCGACGACAGGACAGCACGGCUGGAACCGAUGACAAGAAUUCCAGCGAUGAUAAGAACGCAAGGUUGCGCCAGAUAGGUCUGGCGCAGGGUAUGGUGAGCUUUGCCAGGAACUUCUCGGAGGGAAAAGCUGUCGAUUAUGUGGAAACAGACAAAUCACAGAUUGUCCUACAUGAAUUGGAAAAGGAUUGGUGGAUUCUUGCAUCUGUCGACCUCACUCGGCUUCCGGCUGACCCUCAAAAUGGGUCGGCCUCGCAACGAGAUACUCCAGAAACUCCUUCCUUCUCCUACUCUUCGAGGGAGCUGUCUCCGCCGCAGCUUCUGAUCCAGCAACUCCGUCGAGCGCAUACGAUCUUUCUCCUCCACCAUGCCGCCAGUCUCGAUUCCCUCUACGAUAAUGUUGGCAGGUCCGCAUUUUGUAUGCUUCUUGAGACAUUUUGGUUGAAAUUUGCAUGGAGCUGGGAGGUUCUUCUCAGCGGAAGCCCUGCUGUCGACAUGUAUAAUGGGGUAAAGCUCUCCGCAGGGGGCGAGCUCGGAAUCGGAGUAGGCGAGGAAGAAUGGGGAAGCGGGGAGAGAGAGGUACUUGAGGACUUUGUUUAUAGGACAAAUGGUCUUGUAGACUUAGUUGUCUCCCGAUUCGGCGACCCACGUCCCAUUAUUGGGGGUUCUGGAACUACAACCAAAUCCGAGAGCUCUCAAAACAGCGAAUACCAAUGGCUUGGCUCCGAUUCUUACCCCCGACCUUCAGAUGGUGUUAUUUUCUCGGGGGUGGGAGCACUUACAAGGCAGUCACUUGUGCGCGUGUCUCAAUGGAUGGAGUGGAUCUACAGAUACGGCGUGGACGCAUAUGGGGUUUGGGAGGAUCCAACUUCGCCGCGCCGUCGCGCAAGGCGGAAAAGGCAACGAGGUAGACUCUCUGAAAAGAAUACCAACAGCCAACGCACCCCCACCGAUGGUUCCCAAAAUGAUAUCUCGGAUCGUCCUUUCUCCCCAGGAAUACCCAAGCCACUUGUUAGGGGAACGCCCCAGCCUCCUCCACCUUUGAAAGGCUCUGAAGCCAUAACGGGUUCGCCAACAAGUGGGCAAAGCUCUCCUGCCCCGAGCGAUACGGGCAACGAUUGGAGGGGUGUGGGAGCAGAGACAUUCGUGAAGUAUCUAACCCUUGGAUACGGUUCGGCUUGGAGCUUCUCCUCUGGAUCGUCUACUCCAACUCCGCGUAUUGAAGCGUUGAAGCAAGAAGAUCGCCCUAGUCAAACCAGCAGUCCAGCAAGGCCACCCACCAAACCCUUGGACACAUCUGAACAACGGAGAACAUCCAAACCAACCGAUUCCCCUCGAUACCAAAGCCCCGGCAAAUUCAUUAUUGGUUUACAAACCGACGUUUCCGCAUCAGAUACUAUCUAUGAAGAAACCGAUCCAACAAACCCUGGAAGUCCCAGCGAAAAGAUACUCAAACGGAUACUACACGUCCAUACAACAAAUCCUCAACACCAACACACCACAGGCUCCGCCGAACUCCGUGUCAUAGUAUAUGUGCACCAACCCUUCAUAUAUACCUUCCUCUUCGACUCCACCACAAGCUCCCUAGAUAGCCCCGCCCUCUACCACAGCAUCCACCACCAACUCGGCCCGCUCCAAAAGCCACUCAGCCACUCGACCUCCCCAGCAAACGCAGCAACAAGAAUCUCGCAGGCCCCCGAGCCCACACCCGCCGCUCUCUCGCAGCGCCGCUCCCCAUCCAAACAACCGGCGCACGAACCAGUCUACGAUCUCGUCUACGACCCAUCAAACCUCUCCAUCCGCUCCUCAAUCCCCAACAUCCCCGACCUAGGAACCCUUCACCCCCACCCCCUCGAAGCCAGAACCGCAGCCGCGCCUCUCUCCCGCGUCGAAAGCAUCAACAUCCACCACCGCCUCCUAACAACCUACCUGGAAACCCGGUCUCGCCCGCUGGAACUCGAACGAACCUGCAAAACAAGCCGCGGCUGGUGGAUCGUCUGGGUACGCAUCUCCGCCGCCCCACAUGAGCCCGAGGAGGAGAAUCCCAACAACAACAACAACAACAACAGCAGCCCCCUCCCCGGCACCAGCACAGCUGGUCCCAGUGCGACUGCUUAUCCGAAAAGUCCCCCUUUCUCGGCGCCCGACCCGGAUAACAGACAAGAAGAAGCCUUCCUCAUCCGCAGAGCGAGCGACCACGUUUCCUCUGGUUCAGGUCACGGGCGAAACAUUAGUAGUAGUGGUGGUGGUGGGGGAGGAGGCAGUAGCGGCGGCGGCGGCGGCGGCGGCGGAAGUACCAAUACCUCGCGAUUCUUCAGGGAUCUUGGCGGGGCAUCGUCGCCCGGUUUACAUGCUGCGAGGACGGAUCUGGGGCCGGGAAAGCUUGUUGAGGGACUCGGGCUUGAUGCGAGGAGAUAUAUUGAGAGCUUACUGAGUUUGAACCGAUAGACGAGGGCAUGCCCCGGGUUUAGAUAUCAUCCAUCCAUCUGUGCUCCUACUACCAAUCCUCCAUGCUACAUGAUAUCAUUACUCUGCAGUUCGUACAAAUGGCGAGCACGUGAGAUCCCUAUAGGUACGUGUACGAGGAAUGAAACAACGAAACACUCAAUUAAUAGAUAAGUAUCUUAUACUCUGUUUGGUAUCCCUCAACUCUCAAGAUUGUCGCGUGGGCUCUCGAAG